AACAUCUACUGGUCGUGUCGUUUUUCUAUAUUUGUGUAUGUGUAUUUAAUUUUGCAGACAGUGCACUUUUAUGUAGUAACGUAAAUCGGACAUUUUUUAAUUUUUGGUGUCUAAACCUUUAAUGUAAACUGUUGACUUCAUUAUUUACUGCUCACGUUAAAUGGAUAUAUGUUAAAAACUGUUACGUAAGUUCCUAAUAUGCAGAACUGGAAGCAGGGUAAUCCCAGAACUUCACGCGGACGCGGUGGUGGAAACCCUAACUGGCGGUCCCGUCGAGUUGAUAAUGAAAUGUACGGAAGUUUUAACGAAUUAUAUUCAGGAAGAGAAAUUUGGAAUUCCAACAACUGGAGAAACCGUAAUUCUAGGAGCGGAGUACGACGAAACCGAAGUCCAAGUACCAGUUCCGAGCGGUCCUUUCCUGGUAGGAAUCGUUCUGGAUUCGUCCCAGGACAACAAGACCAAAGAGGUGGCAGAAGACCUAACCAAAAUGCAAGAAAAAUGGGUUUCAAAGCCCUGCAAGAUUUGUUAAACAAGGAUUCCGAGGAUUUAAUCCUAGAAUUGUCCAACAUUAAAAGAGGCAUACAGGACUACAUCAAAACGAGUUUGUCCGACGAUGGCAUUGUGCUGUUCGUCAAAGUUUUGAAGAAAGUGUCGGACUCGGCCUUUGUUGAAAACAAGUACAAGGUUUUACAAUUAUAUCUGGAUGAAGUAUUUGUUGACAAAUUGGUAAAGUAUGUUGCUUUAUUGCCAAUGCAAAGCGAUUUAGACCGAACAAGGAAUCAAUUUUUUUGGGAAAACACCGAUGAGUUUUGGAACAAUGUUAUAGGAAUUUGCCAGGAUAUCUAUAAUGCAAUCCCCACAUUUGGGUUCAAAGUUUUACCAAAUAUACUGAAAAGUUUGCUCGUCUGUUUCCCCGCGUUUCAAGACCAACACAAGCAACAUAUUUCGGAUGGGAUAAGGGACAGUGUGAACAAACUCAAUGAAAGUUUGCAAAUCAUGAUUGCAGAGGAAGAAGAAAAGAAGAAAGCUUCUAUACAAAAGAAAGUUUCAACAUUAAUUGAGGAAGAACCACCGGAUGAUUUUCAUCAAAUUUCUGUCUACCCCAAUUCACUUGAACUCCUUGGAGGCACUCGAGUUUUUCUGCGUAAAAACAUAGUAGAAGGACCUUAUAAAGACGUACACCACUACUUGGACGUCCAGUUUAGACUGCUAAGAGAAGACUUUGUUGGGCCUUUGAGAAAUGGGAUAGCCACGUACCGAACAGAAUCAACCCAGAAGCAGCGAAUUGAAAAUGUCAAUAUUUACAAAAAAGUACAGUUUUUAAAUCAAGAGACAAUCAACGAACAAUACUGCAUUCGAUUAAGGUUCGACUUUUCACGCAAAACAAAGAAAUUUCGCUUUGAAGACUCCAAGAAAUUCAUGUUUGGUUCUCUCCUCUGCUUCACCUGCGACAACUUCAAGUCACUACUCUUUGGCAAAAUUGCUCAGCGAGACGUGAAAGACCUUGAAAAGGGGGAACUGAUUGUAGGUUUUGAUCAAAAUGUGCUCGUGGACUACAAAGCGAACUAUUUGAUGAUCGAAUGCGGAAUCUACUUCGAGCCGUAUUUCCACGUCCUCAACGUCCUCAAAAACAUAAACACUGACGAAUUCCCGAUGGAAAAAUACAUCAUUCGCGUGGACCCCACACCUCAACCGCCGGAAUACCUCAACGACCCAACCCCCCGUAAAAUCUCAAUCCGUGGUCAUGAUUUUUUCCCUCUCCUCAACUGGCCCAACACCAACUUCUACACUUUCAACCAAUCGCAACUAAGGGCCUUCCGGGCAGCUUUAACGCAAGAGUUCUCCGUUAUUCAAGGCCCACCUGGCACUGGGAAGACCUUCCUUGGCCUCAAAAUCGCCCACACUUUGCUGCAAAAUCAGGCCAUUUGGUUCAAGAAAACCCCGAUGUUGGUCAUCUGCUACACCAACCAUGCCCUCGACCAGUUCUUGGAGGGUUUGGCUCUGGCCACUGACAGAAUCAUUCGAAUUGGGGGACAGAGCAGAAACCAAAAUGUGGCAAAGUUCAAUUUGAGAAAUAUAAAGUUCCGGACAAACCCGGCCGUUUUACAACAAAGACACGGAGUGAAAGUCCUCUUGCUACAAAUCCAGAAUAUAACGGAAAACUUGAAAGAAAUCGAUUUUUAUCACAGCAUCAGAGAUUUCAAAGUUUUUAUUGAUGUGAUACCGAAUUUUAUUACAACAUGGUUUCAUCGCGCUACAAUAGACGAACUACUGGACUGGUUGCUGCCCGAAUAUGAAAAUGAAGACUUGGAUUCGACUAAUGAAGUUAAAAGUCCUAGGAGUGUUGCAGAGGUCCAGGACAAAGUCGCUAACUUGCAGAUUGAAGAUGAAAUGUUUGAUGAAAAUUUGUCGGAUUAUGAAAUCGAAGAAGAUGAAAAUAUGAAAAUUGAGUUGGAUGAUCUUUUCGAUGAAGUGAAUGCAAUGGCGGUUCAGUGCAGCAUUCCCCUUAUUACGCUCUCCUCACUUCAGCAAAGGAUUUCUGCACUAGAAAGAACUUUCCAGCAACUGAAGCAAAAGGAAGAGAUAACUAUGGAGGAUAUUUUCGAAGAAGAUCGAAUUGUCUUCGAAUUGUAUAAACUGAAAUUUCGUUACGACAGUUUAAAUUUUAGACUAACCGAGGGCAAGCAAAUGCGUUUCAUGAAAAGAAGAGUUCCUGAUUGGUCAGAGUUCACGAAUCCUCACAAAUUGUCACCCGACGAUCGCUGGAAUUUAUACUUUUUUUGUUUAAAUUUAUACAGACAGAAAUUAAAUGAGAAGCUGAGCGUACUAAAUGAGCAGUUCCGCGAACAACACAAAAUCUAUGAAGAAAUGCGGGACAUUGAAAACACGAAAGCAAUGAAAAACGUGCUUGUUGUUGGUAUGACGACCACUGGAGCAGCCCGUCUAAGAUCUUCGUUGCAAACGUUGAAAAGUCCAAUCGUUAUUGUCGAGGAAGCAGCGGAGAUUCUAGAAGCUCACAUCGUUUCCUCUUUGACCAAACAUUGCAAACACUUGAUUCUCAUCGGAGACCAUCAGCAGUUGAAACCGAGCACUGCGAGUUAUAACAUAGAAAAGUUUUACAAUUUGGGGAUAAGUCUAUUUGAGAGAAUGGUUGUGAACAGAAUCCAGUUGAAUACCCUAAACGUGCAACACAGAAUGAGGCCGGAGAUUGCCAGUUUGGUCUCGCCGACCAUUUAUCCAACCCUGCAAGAUCACCCGUCUGUGAACGACAGACCUGAUAUAAAAGGGGUCGAUAAUUGCUUGUUUUUCAUCGACCACAAGCACCCUGAAGCAAAUUGUGAAGGCAAAAGCAAGAAGAAUUACCAUGAAGUUGACUUCUUGAUCUAUUUCGCAAGGCAUCUUAUUCUGAACGGUUACGAACCCGGAAACAUCACAAUCCUGGCGGCUUACUUGGGGCAAAUGUUCGAGUUGCAGAAAGAGAGGCGCAAACACAAUGAGCUUCUAGCGAACGUAAGAAUUGCAGUUUUGGAUAACUAUCAAGGUGAAGAAUGCGAUAUUAUCCUACUUUCGCUGGUUCGAAACAACGAGGAAAACAAAAUCGGGUUCCUAUCAAUUGAAAACAGAGUUUGUGUGGCGCUUUCAAGAGCCAGAAACGGCUUCUAUCUCAUGGGGAACAUGGACCAGUUGUGUGCCGCUAGUCAACUUUGGCGUGAGAUUUACAAGACUUUUGAACGCCAGAAUGCCAUUGGACCCCACCUAGCCCUACGGUGCCAAGUGCACCCAGAUAAGGUCACGUAUGUGGCAAGCGGAAAGGAUUUUCUGAAUAUAUCAGAAGGAGGGUGCAACCAGAAAUGUGGGGCUGAUUUGAAUUGCGGUCAUCAGUGCACUUCUCUUUGCCACGUGUUAAAUCGAGAUCAUGCAAGCUACAGGUGCCUUGAAACGUGCGGGAAAAAAUUGUGCGAUAAAAAUGAACUACAUUUAUGCCAAAGAAGGUGUUACCAAGAGUGUGGUCCUUGCACUUACAAGGUGUCAAGGACCCUAAAAUGUGGGCAUGUUGUGAACUUGGAGUGUCACCUGGAUCCUGCAACUUACAGUUGUGAGGAGCUCGUGCCUACGCAACUUCCCUGUGGUCACAACGCUGACAAGCCUUGCCACUGCAAUCCGGAAACUUUUCCUUGCCCGUUCCCCUGCGAAAAACAGGUGGAACCUUGUGGCCAUGCGUGCACUAGAAAUUGCCACGUUCGGCAGGAUCCAGAUCACUUAGAAUACAAAUGUAAGAAACGUUGCGCUAAAAACCAAAAGAAUUGCAAAGCCGAACCCGAAAAACACAAGUGCAAGAAACUAUGUUUUGAGGAUUGUGACGCCUGUAUGGUCCGUGUUAGGAAACAGCGAACCAUCUGUCCACAUUUUUACGACGUGCCUUGUUCCAGUAACGUGGACGAUAUAAGCUGCGAAAAGCCUUGCACCAAAAUAUUGCCUUGCAAUCACAAAUGCAAAAAUAAAUGCAAUCAACCGUGCGGAAACUGCAAAGAAAAGGUUGAGAAACAAAUCCCGGUAUGUGCCCAUACAAUCAAAGUAAAAUGUAGCGAAGAACCUCUCCGAAAAUUCUGUACCAAAAAAUGUCCUCUGACACUACCCUGUGGCCACCCUUGCACGAAAAAAUGCAACGAGUCUUGCACCCCAACUUGCACCGUUCUGGCCACCUGUGCAUUGAAAGCCCCUUGUGGCCACACCGUGACCAAGUUACCGUGCCACCUAGCCCAUGGUGCCCUCGACCCUAAAACCCUGCUACAACACUGCAACCACCCUUGCGGUGGCCAGUUACUGUGCGAGCACACCUGCUCGGGAACCUGCGGGGAGUGCUCGCAGGGCCGCAUCCACAAACGCUGCGACGCAAAAUGCGGGAACCCCCUGGUGUGCAACCACAUCUGCGAGUUCCCCUGCAGACAGGCCUGCAGGCCCUGCGUGCGCCCUUGCCCCUACAAGUGCAAGCACAGCGCCUGUGGGAAGCGCUGCGGCGAUAUCUGCGUCCCUUGCAAGGAGAGCUGCCCCCGCAGGUGCAAGCACCGAAGGUGCUCCAAGUACUGCGGGGAAAUCUGCGACGUGCCCCCUUGUCAAGAGCCUUGCAGCAAAUUACUGGCAUGUGGCCACCAAUGUAUCGGGUUCUGCGGCGAUCCUUGCCCUCAAAAAUGCCGCAUUUGUGACGAAGACGAGGUGACCGAAGUGUUUUUCGGGUUCGAGGCUGAAGACGAUGCCCGGUUUGUGCUCCUGGAGGACUGCGGCCACAUUUUCGAAAAUACGGGACUGGAAACGUGGCUGGGGCAAGACGACGGGGAAGUGAUCAAGUUCAAGGAGUGUCCGCGGUGCAAAACGGCGAUCAAAACAACGGCCCGAUUCAGUGAUUAUGUGAAGAAAGCGAAGGCCGAUGUGGCCAAAGUUAAGAAAAAUCUGCACGGGACUGAGAAUGAGUUGAACAUGAAGAGGCAAGAACUGGCGAGACUGCUACUAAAAGUUAGGACGAAUGCACAAGAUGUGAAAUGUUCCAACUUCUUUAAAGAUAUUUUGGGCGCGAUGGAAACCCGUCUGCGAAUUUCUCUAAUGGGCAAGCGCCAACGUAUCAACAAAUUUGAGUUGAAUGCAAUUGAAUCCAAACUCCAAAUCAUCGAACACAUCGUUGACAUUGGCAUAAACUGCCCCACGGCUCUUUCAAAAAAUCGCUGCUCCUCUCAGGUCAAAUUCAUACUCAAGAUUUUGGAACGUGAGGACAACUACGUAACGGAUCAAGAAAUAGACGAUAUCCCGUACGAAUUGAACCGUUUGUCACGAAUCGCCGAACUUGAAGAAAUCGAAAGUUCGCCAAACUUCCUCCAACGAUAUUCAAAUUCUUCCACAGUUAGGCGCGUUACCGAACAAAUUGAAGGCUUUCUCUUCGGUUUCGGCAAGUUUUAUGACCAGGAUGAACAAACGGUCAAGGAAUUAUUGCAAGAGUUGAGUCGAUUGGUCGCGUCGGGAAUAGGAAUUUCAGAACAGGAAAAAAGGGAAAUUGUUAAAGCCAUGGGUUUCAGGCAAGGGCAUUGGUUCAAGUGCCCCAAUGGCCACCCUUACUGCAUAGCUGACUGUGGGGGCGCAAUGGUGGAGUCAAAAUGCCCGGAAUGUGCGUGCAAAAUAGGGGGAGGUAGUCACACACUGCGCGCCGAUAAUGCGUUGGCUUCUGAAAUGGAUGGAGCCCAGUUUCCCGCUUGGUCGGAAACUGCAAACAAUAUGGGCAAUUUUUUGUUAGAUUUCGAUGAUUGAUCCAGUUAAUUAAACACGAUUAUACUUUAUUGAUUUAUUAAAUUUAUUAUUACAA